AUGCCGUCACUUUCGAUAGUCAGAAGUUUGAUGGCCAUUGUGGCCCUGCUAGAAACUGCAUCGGCGGCCUGUACCCGUGAGGGUCUUCUCGCCUCCGCGCAAUCCUACAUCGAUGCGCAAAAGGCCGGCAACACCACUGCGCUCAAGCUCUCACCAACCUUCAAGUAUCAACAGAACAACAAAGAGCGCGCCCUCUCAGCUGGUCUCCUCGCCACACCCUUCAAGCUCGACCUGGUCCGUUCCACUGCCGACACGGUCGCAUGCGCCUCCUACACAAUGUGGAUUAGCUCCGCGGGCAGCAAACCGUACGUUGUCGGGACCCAAAUUCGCCAUGACGGCAACGAUACUUCCACCAUCACCCUCAUCGACACUAUUGCAGCUACCACUGGUGAUCUCUUCUUCAACGCGCCCAAGACGCUGGGAUAUAUCCAGAAAGAAGAUUGGAGUCCGAUCAACAACACCGCGUCAAUGCCGUCGCGAGAGCUUCUGAAGAAAGUUGGCAAUGGCUAUCUGGAUAUGUGGACGGAUCCGAAGGCUGCGGAUAGUAUUCCGUGGGGCACGGACUGUGAGAGGGUCGAGGGGAGUCAGUAUACGAAUCCUUGUGGGAAGAACUUGCCGCAUGGCGGAAGCUCGAAGCCGAAUGGCAUGAGGCGAUAUGUCAUUGAUGAGGUGCAGGGUAGCGUUGAUGUUCUGUGCCAAUUUGACAGCUUAGGCACGAUGCCGGAUUCGCACGAAAUCAGAGUCAUCGACGGAAAGGUGAAGUAUGUGCACACAAUCACUGCGCUGAAGAUCGGUUGA